GGCCUCUCUUUUAAGACCAGCCCUCUGGCGAGCCCCCCUUUGUUCGCCUCCCAGCCAUAAGCACCUUCCCAGCUCGUCCCCAGGGACUUUGGCGGAGGCGAGCCACCCCGGAGAAGAGCCGGUCGGGUGGCCCGGGACUGGCCGAGCACCUGCCCGGCCAUGUCGCGCUCUUUCUAUGUGGACUCGCUCAUCGUCAAGGACGCGGCGGCCAGGCCGGUGCCUGCCCUGCCGGAGCCGCCGCCCCCGCCGCCCCCGGGCCAGGAUUUCCUCCUCCCGCUGGGCGUGCCGGCGCCGCUGGUCAUGUCAGUAGCCGGCGGGCCCGCCUGCCCGUCGCGCAAGAGCGGCGGCGGCGGCUCCUUCUGCGUCUGCCCGCUCUGUGUCACCUCGCACCUGCACGCCUCGGCGCGGGCAGGAGGAGGAGGGGGCGCCGUCUCCGCAGCCUCCCUCCCGCUGCUCAAGGGCCACUUCGCUCCGGGCGGCGAGGGCCAGUUCUGCCCCCGGGUGAGCCACGGGCAGCAGCAGCAGCAGCAGCAGCCGGCCCCGCAGCAGCAGCAGCAGCAGCAGCCGCCCGGCUCGGUGGCAUCCGUGGCGGCGGCGGCGGCGGCGGCCCAAGCGCUGGGCCACCCACCUGUCUGCGCAGCGGCCGCCUACGGCAUGAGCGACCCCCGGCGUUUCCACUGCCUCGGCCUGGGAGGCUCGGACGGCGCCGGCCCGCUGCAGAACGGCAAGCGGAUGCGCACGGCCUUCACCAGCACGCAGCUGCUGGAGCUGGAGCGGGAGUUCUCCGCCAACAUGUACCUGUCGCGGCUGCGGCGGAUCGAGAUCGCCACGUACCUCAACCUGUCGGAGAAGCAGGUGAAGAUCUGGUUCCAGAACCGGCGGGUGAAGCACAAGAAAGAAGGCAAGGGCGCCCAGCGGAACACGCACGGCGGCUGCAGCUGCGCCGGCAACCCGGGCCGCUUCGCCAGGUCCGAGGACGAAGAGUCGCUCUCUCCGGCCUCGGCCCACGAAGACAAGGAGGUCUCCCCGUUGUGAGGGGACCUCCGCCGGACUGAAGCGCCUUGACAAGAGCCCCGCCGGACUCUGACGGACUUGGGACGAUUUCCCCCUUCGCUUGUUUUGAUCGAGCCCCGAGUUGCCGAGCUGAGGGGGGGUUGCCUCCUCCAAACGGCAGCCGAUCUGGUUGCUCCCCAAACGGGGGAGACCCCAGAUCCCCAGCCCCCCCCCCCGUCCUGCCAGGUCCACGGCGGCGGAG